GUGUGAUAUGAAGAUGGAAGAAAGGGAUGGGAAGGAAGGAAGAGAAGAAAGAAGAUGAGGAUGAAGAGGAGAAAAAGAAAGAGAAAAGGAAAGCUGGAGAGAGAUGAAGAAGAAGUACUGGCGGGGUGGGGGGGGGGGGAGGGGGCAGGAGGGAGGCGGACCGGAACUGGGUCUGGGAAAAAAAAGUUGCCUUAGGACACUAAAUAAUUUUAGCCCCGCCCUCCGAAAGCAGUUGAACCAACGGGAGGCAAAAAGUAGCAUCGGGGACGACAUCGGAGCCGUGUUAGUCGCCGCUAUUAUUCAUUGCCUGCUACAAUCCCUGGGAAAUUUCUCGUCUCCGUCAAAGUCAAUCCCGCUGGAUUUCGCAUUGCUUCUUCCUGAUUGGUGCUGUAAUACGAAGAUUUCGAAGUAAUUGAUUGUCUGGAUUCAAAACAAUAAUGGUUUCCAUCCAGAAGAAAAAAAUCCUCCCGUGCAGCAACACUCUGACUCAUUGCUGCAAGUAGUGAUCCACU